AUGUUUUGGAUCAUUGUCCAUGUGCUACCGGUGCUACUGACGCUUCUUCUGUCCAUUGCAGCUGCAACCGCUUUGAUCAAACAACCACCAGCUGAUCCGGGCUGCCUGAUCAGCUUGGUGUUUGCGGAUCGAGAUCGCAAUGAAUGGCUCAACCGUGAUUCCGAGUUUGUUGCCUUUGUCGAACGCAUGACGAAUGCGCAAUAUUAUGGUGACUUUGACAGCUUGCCGCAAGCCUUUCAGAGAUUCUACGACAAGUACGCAAAUCAUGGUGGGGAAAUCAACAUUGCCGGUUCCAUACCGGGACGACCGGCCACGGGGGAUCAACAAGACUUUUUGGAUGCCUUUUGUGCCGAAGCCAUGCUCUUGGCCGAUGGGUUGACCCUCGCGCCAACAGUGGCACCCUCAUCGUACCAGCUGGCACCAACGGAAUGGCGACCAUUGGGUGGUCCACUGGCGAUCGUUGAACAAGAAGACGUUGCUCCGUAUCGUGAAGGUAUCCGGAUUCUUUCCAUGGAUGCCACUGCCACUCGAUUGGCCGUCUCGCAAACGGGAGACCGCAUCGAGAUCUACGAACGAAACGACGUCACCACCAGCAUCAAUGGCAACAAUACUAUACGUACUCUUGAACAACCCGCAGUUUGGAACCUGACCGCCUCCGUGACGGGUCAUCCUGUCGACGAUAGGAUGGAGUUUGUGGACUUUUGCCUUUCCAGCGACGGGACCACUCUGAUUUGUGCCACCGUCCAACAACCGUCUCAAAAUCAAGUCCUUGUGUUUUCACUCUCGAACCAUGGAGAAUGGGAAGAGGUAUUUCGUACACCGCAUCCCUUUUUCAACCGAACAACGACCAACCCCGAUGAGAAGUAUCCGCCACGAGAAGUCGUUGCCUUUGCGACCGGUCUCACUAGUACUGUGGUCGUGAGCAAAGAUGGUAGUCGUCUUGCCUUCCCCGUAAGGAUCAGUCAAUGGAAUGGACAUGAAUGGGACCUAACGGAGGAGAACGGCGUUCGUGUGUACGAAUGGAAUGGCACCGACUAUCACCUUAUGGGGGACACAUUGGUAAUUGGCAAUCCUCGUCCUGUGGUGGCGUCACUGGAAAUGGAUGAUUCGGGGAGUAUCAUUCAUGCUUGUGGCCAACGAUUCGAGUACAAUUCUGAUAUGCAACAAUGGAUCCUCACCGAGAAGAACGUUCCUCCCGACAGCGUCUUGAGCCCGGAUGGAUCGCGAGUCGCCCAAAGGUCCGAGCGACAUCCUUCCGAACCUGGUGGGGUCCUCAUCUACCAGCACAAUAAUAACCAGACUACUGGUAGUCCUGCCACCUGGACUCUGAUUGCCGAAAUCGAGGCACCUUACCCCGAGCAGCAACACUACGACUACGACGACCACGCCCUUGUGUUUGCAUCGUCCAUGGACUGGAGUGUCGAUGGUACAACCCUGAUUAUUGGUGCACCCAACGACGAACGCAGACCUCAUGAUGCUCACAUCGCUUCAGGGUCCGUCUACGUAUUUGAUGCCGUGGCGUGUGACGACAGCAUCAAUGGGGACUGUGCAUUUGUGCAAGCUGGUGACAUUCCUCGUGUGGGAACAAAGAACGGACGCCAUGUCGCCAUUGCGGCGGACGGCAACACCAUACUUCAUACGGCCGAGCUUGAGUCUGGGUGGAGGGUCAUGACGUAUGAACGGGGAGCUACUUCCUCGUCGAAUACAGAACGAUGA